UUAUAUGACUUUAUAAACUCCAACAACAAUGUGCUUCUAUUUUUUGUUUCAGGCUAAAUCUACCCAAGACGUUGGCUGUCAGACUGAUUUAGUAAUCUGCAAAAAUGCACUUGUCCAGGCUCAUGUAAAGCCUUAUCGACGUAGCAAAGCCACACAGUUUAGAGCUCCCAGCCGCAGUGUGUCUUGUGACACAGGUACCGUGACGGAAAUUCAUCUUCCACAAAGUCCCAGAGCUGCGUCCACACCCCUGAAAAGACCACGAUAUGAGGUGUCUGUUGUUGAUCCCAGCUUCCACCUCAAUGACAGUGCAAGCUCAGUGAACUGUUCAAGCUCUUUCACUGAGGUCCAUCCACAAAAGGACAAGAAGUACAUUGUUCAUGAGAAACAGUUGCUGGGGCUGUUCAGAAGGUGUCCCGUUUGUACCGGUCGUUGUGUUGUGAACACGACAACAGUCGGCACACUGCUCCGUGUGACACAACGGUGUUCAUGCUGUGAGCACUACAAUGAAUGGUCCAGUCAGCCCAUGGUGAACAGCAUCCCAGCAGGAAACCUCCAGCUCUGUGCUGCUGUCCUUUUCACAGGCUCAUCAUUUAGCCAGAUUUCUAAGUUCCUGGGUGCCUUCAAUGUGCAGGGACUGUCCAAGCAGACAUUCUGUCGGCAUCAGGCAAAGCUCUUAAUUCCAACAGUGAGCUGGCAGUGGCAGCUAGAGCAAGCUGAUAUCAUCCAGGAGGCUACUGAAUCUGGACCUGUGACUCUUGGUGGUGACAUGCGAGCUGAUUCACCUGGACACUCAGCCAAAUAUGGCAGCUACACCAUGAUGGAUCUCAAAAGAAACAAAGUUAUUGAUAUCCAACUUGUACAGAGCAAUGAAGUUGGGAAUAGUGUGCGAAUGGAGAAGGAGGGAUUUGUGAGAAGUCUGAGCACACUUUUGGAGAGGGGGGUCGAUGUGCAGCAAGUCGUGACUGACCGCCACACAGGAGUGCAGAAGUAUUUGAGGGAGGAAAAAAAGGAAAUCAGUCACUACUUUGACCCCUGGCACAUGGGAAAAGGAAUUGGUAAGAAAAUCGAAGAGCUGGGGAAGAGAAAGACGACCCAGGAUGUGAGACUGUGGAAGCAAAGUGUGGUGAACCACCUCUACUGGUCAGCAUCCAGUUCCUCCUCAGGACAGGAGGCAGUUGCAAAGUGGACUUCAGUUGCCAACCACAUCCAAAAUGUGCACAGCCAUGACAACGCCCUGUUCCCUAGCUGUCUGCAUGCACCUCUGGAUGGAGAACAGGCAAGACAGUGGCUCAAACCAAGCACAGCAUCAUGUGAGAAGCUCACUGCCAUUCUGUUAGCUCCACGGUUUGUGAAGGACGUAGAGAAGAUAAGCCCUCAGUACCACACAUCCACCUUGGAGGCUUUCCACAGUCUCAUCAUCAGAUUUACUCCAAAAAGUCAAGUCUUCUCCUUCAAAGGAAUGCUGUCUAGAUUACAAAUUGCUGCAAUGCACUAUAAUGAAAAUGCAGCACGCUCACAUGCAGCAACAGCAACUGGUGAGCUGAGAUAUGCUGUAGUGUACCCAAAGUACAAACGUGGAGACUACACAGUGAGAGCCCUGAAGACCAAUCCAACCUCAUUAUAUGUGCACAAGCUUAUGGACCUGCUGUUCGACUCUGUGGUGGUGGAUCCUCUCCCAUAUCAGGAGUACUCGGACAAAAUUACGGUUCCAGAACCGCUCUGUGCCCAGUUCCAAAGACCAGAUAAACGGGAUGCUGUGAGCAGGCACAGGUCCAGGUUUUAA